CCGCGACUCUGCGGCUGCGCAUUCGCCCGGUUUUGCGACCGUACUGCUUGACGGCGGCGGUGUCCGCCCUCCGGCUGGUGUUGCCGAGAUUGAGUAUACGGCCUGGAAGGGAGAGGUACUCACUUUGGCUUCCUUUACUUCCUCAGAGUGUUCAGUGCACACUACGCUUGAGAAAUGGCGGAAGCAGUUUUCCAUGCCCCAAAACGGAAAAGAAGAGUGUAUGAGAGUUAUGAGUCUCCGUUGCCAAUCCCUUUUGGUCAGGACGGUGGGCCUGAGAAAGACUUCAAAAUAUUCACUGCCGAAAUGAUAAACAACAAUGUAAUUGUGAGGAACCCAGAAGAUAUUGAACAGCUCUAUGGGAAGGGUUAUUUUGGGAAAGGUAUCCUGUCUAGAAGCCGUCCAAACUUCACAAUUUCAGAUCCUAAGCUCGUUGCUAAGUGGAAAGAUAUGAAGACAGACAUGCCUAUAAUCACGUCACAGAAGUAUCAGCUUAGUAUAGAAUGGGCCACAAAGCUCAUGCAAAGACAGGGGCAGGAUGAGAGGACAGUGCAUCGAAUCCUCGAGGAUUACACAAAACCACUUGAGCAUCCUGGUAUAAAAAGGAAUGAAGGAUUCCAGUGGCGUGAUGAGCUGAACUCUGAAACCAUUCCCAAAAUCGAAGGUACUGCAGAUAGAGAGGAACCUUCUGUGAUGAAUGGGGACUCAGAAAAGUCACUAGACCUGGAGGGUCCCAGCAAGCAAUCAGACCACCUACAAGAGAGCUCGGGGCCUGGCCCACUGACUCCAGAUGGGCUGGAUGGACACCUGGGAGGGGUUGCCACGCUCCAGCACUGCCCCCUGCCCCAAGUUCACUGCAGCAGAGAUGUUCUCCCCCAGCAUGACACUCAGCCGGGGGACAGGAGCCAGCAAGUGGAUCUCAUCUGUGCCAGAGAGAGAGGGCCCAGUGAUGAGUACGUGCUGGUGGAGGAAGAUGUGAUUGAUGUGAGUGAGGAGGAAUGUGCCCCACGUGAGGAAUUGGCACCAAAAAAGAGAUUGAUAUGCAGAAGAAAUCCGUAUCGGAUCUUGGAGUAUUUGCAACUUAGCCUGGAAGAGGCCUUUUUCCUGGUCUAUGCUCUAGGAUGUCUCAGUAUCUACUAUGAGAAGGAGCCUUUAGCAAUCCUGAAGCUCUGGAAAGCUUUCCCUGUCGUUCAGCCCACAUUCAGGACUACGUACAUGGCAUACCAUUACUUCCGAAGCAAGGGCUGGGUCCCCAAAGUGGGACUGAAGUAUGGGACCGAUUUACUGUUGUAUCGAAAAGGCCCUCCAUUUUACCAUGCAAGUUACUCGGUCAUUAUUGAGUUAGUCAACGACGAUUUUGAGGGCUCUCUUCGCAGACCUUUCAGCUGGAGGUCACUGGCUGCCUUGAGCAGAGUUUCAGUUAAUGUCUCCAAGGAACUCAUGCUGUGCUAUUUGAUUAAACCCUCUACCAUGACUGACAAAGAGAUGGAGUCGCCAGAGUGUAUGAAACGAAUCAAAGUUCAGGAGGUGAUUCUCCGCCGUUGGGUUUCUUCACGAGAGAGGAGUGACCAAGACGAACUUUAACAAUUCAACCUCAGAAUUCUGAUUUACCAACAAAUACUGUUGAGUCUCCUACAUAAGCCAAGUUCUGAGUGAGGUAAAAAGUCCUCUUAUUAUAAUCACCAAGAAUUGAAAAGUUAUCAAGGGGAUGGCCCUCCCAGCACCAAAAAGCGAUUCCUGUUUCAAAAGAUAAACUGACACAGGAGAGAACAAAGACUGUCGUGCUGGCCUUCAGACUCUGAUCCUGACUAAGGCGCUGAGCCUGACCGGUGCUGGGCUGUGCGUCUGUGGGCCUGCGUCCUCCUCCAUUCAGUAAGGGUGCUGGGCUAGAUGAGCUCUAGGAGGACUCUUCCAGCCGCAAGGAAACUCUGCUACUCUCUGAUUUUACCUGAAAAUGACAGUAGUUUACAUUUGUGUGGCCCGGUACAGGUUCCCAAGCACUUUUGUACGCGUGCGUCUCCUGUUACUCAUAUCCGGAGACGAGAUUUGGGGAUUGUAAGACCCUGUGUGCCCGUAGGUUAGAUGGAAAAAAUGAUGAGUCUCCUCUUAUCUAAGAACUUCAACCAAUUACUCAAACACUUAAAAAUCCACUUACUGCCUGUCAAGGAGUUCUGUAUCAUAAAGCCUUUUCAAAAACAUCAUUACCUAAUCUUGAACUCUCAGUGAGCUCACCAAUGGGCACGUUAGCGUCCAGUACACAACAAUAUUAUACAGUAUUAGAUAAAAAUUGCAUCGUGCUUCAGUGAACUUGUAAAAUAAAAAUAGGUAGUGAAGUAAUGUAUGAAGAUACAUGAUGAAUGAGGUUAGCUCAAUAAACAAAGCCUUUUUCAAA